AGAUAAGAAAGAGAGAGUGUGUGACACUGUGUGUGUGUGUGUGGAUGUGAUUUUUUGUUCUUUGUUUUGUGUGUUUGGAAAAUGGAUACGCCUCAGAAGAGUAUUCCCCAGAUCGGAACUCCUAUCUCCAAAUCUAGAUUUGAGGAUUCACCAGUGUUCAACUACAUAAACAGUUUGUCUCCAAUAAGACCAGUCAAAUCAAUCCAAAACCCUCACCAGUUCAGCUCUUUGAAUUUCACUUCCCCUCCUUCUGUUUUCACCUCACCACACCUUACUUCUUCUCACAAAGAGUCCAGAUUCUUCAAAACUCACAUCUCUUCUUCUCAUCCUACCGAUCCCGUGGACUCCCGAGAAGACGAGUCUACUUCUAAUGAAGCAGUUUCAUCAGAAGCAGAAGGUGUCAACAUUGAUGCUUCCAAGCCAGAGGAAGCUUCAACUGAAAUGGUGCUACCACAAACGAGUCCUGGUAGUCCAGUUGCUUCACCGUGUGGUAGAGAGGCUACCGAUCUUUCCCUUGUUCCAUACGCUCCUAGUCAAGGAGGUAAUGGUUCUUGUGAGGAUGCAGGAAUGGAGCUGCAGAAGAUGUAUGAUAAUGUCCAAGGGAAAACUGAAACUCCGGAUUGGGAAAGUUUGAUUUCAGAUGCUUCUGAGUUGUUAAUCUUUGACUCACCUGAUGCUUCAGAGGCUUUUAGAUGCUUUAUGAUGCAGAGAGCAUCAACCUCCGAAGCACGUUUUAGCACUGGUGUGGGGAUGCAAACAACGCAGCCCGAUGCAAACAAGAAACCGGAGUCCUCAGAUGCGAUUCCUUAUGAGGCUGUUUCACUCUUGCACCGUGGUAUAAGAAGACGCUGCUUGGACUUUGAGAUGCCGGGGAAUAAGCAAAAUUUUGGUGAGAAUAACACUGCGGCUUGUGAAUCUUCGUCGAGAUGUGUUGUACCGAGUAUCGGUCUUCAUCUCAAUGCCAUUGCAAUGUCUUCAAAGGACUGUAAAACCAAUGUAACCCAUGAUUACUCAUGUUCUGGGAAUAUACAAGUGGGUUUACAAAGCUCCAUCUCUAGUACAUUGCAAGAACCUUUGGACCAAACAGAAAUUGAAAGCCGGGAAGAUGCAGAUCAAGAUGUUCCCGUUGAACCAGCCUUGCAAGAGUUGAAUUUGAGCAGCCCUAAAAAAAAGAGGGUUAAGUUGGAUUCAGGAGAAGGCGAGUCGUGUAAGCGGUGCAACUGCAAGAAGUCCAAGUGUUUGAAACUUUACUGUGAAUGCUUUGCUGCUGGAGUCUAUUGCAUAGAGCCAUGUUCAUGUAUAGACUGCUUCAACAAGCCUAUUCAUGAAGAUACUGUAUUGGCUACUCGCAAACAGAUCGAAUCUCGGAAUCCACUUGCAUUUGCUCCUAAAGUCAUUAGGAACUCUGAGUCAGUUCUAGAAGCCGGGGAUGAUGCAAGCAAAACUCCAGCUUCUGCGCGCCAUAAACGUGGCUGCAACUGCAAGAAAUCAAACUGUCUGAAAAAAUACUGCGAAUGCUAUCAGGGUGGUGUGGGCUGUUCCAUAAACUGUAGAUGUGAAGGAUGUAAGAAUGCAUUCGGCCGCAAAGAUGGGUCUUCCAGUGUUGACAUGGAAGCUGAACAAGACGAGGAAAAUGAAACAUCUGAUAAAAGUAGAACAGCCAAAAGCCAACAGAAUAGUGAGGUUUUAAUGAGAAAGGAGUCCAGUUCUGGUCUACCUACAACACCGACUUACAGACAAGAACUGGUGCAACUACCUUUCUCAUCAUCUAAAAACAGAAUGCCUCCUCCGCAGUCUCUUCUUGGAGGUGGAUCUUCUAAUGGGAUAUAUAACGGUCAAUUCUUAAGAAGACCAGACAUUAGUUUGAGUCAAUCCCGCAUCGAGAAGUCAUUCGAGACAGUCACAGAGGAUAGACCUGAAGAAAUGCCUGAGAUUCUCAUCCAUUCACCGAUACCUAACAUCAAGAGCGUGUCUCCCAACGGCAAGAGGGUUUCUCCUCCUCAUAUGGAAUCAUCUAGCUCAGGGUCAAUCUUAGGGAGAAGAAGUGGCGGGAGGAAACUGAUACUGCAGUCAAUUCCGUCGUUUCCUUCUCUCACUCCCCAACACUGAAAGCAUUUGGUUGGUGUAUCUAUGAAAAUUCUUUGAAUCUUUUUCAAGGUGAAAGAUGAUAAAAGUCAACUUCUAGUUGGUAGUAAGUUAGCACUUAGCACACUUUAAGUCUGUAGUCUAGUCUCUGUGUAAUAAAGAUGUCAAUCCAUCAUGUUCUUGUAAUAUAUAGGUUACUUCUUUUGAA